CAAAACAUCAAAACAUAACCUAACGUCUUUUCACAGUUAUCCAAUUUUACAUGAUUUUUCAGUUUUCACUAGUUUUCACUCAUCUAAUGAAAGUCAUGAAGUGAUUAUAUUAUUGUACAUGUAAUUACGAGUAUAAUUAUUAUUAUGGAGUAUAAUAAUAAUAACUGGGAGUAGUGUAGCAUUUAAAUAAAGUAAUAAUCAUGUCAUCUCAAGUAAGAAAGGUGUUGAGUCUCAUAUUACUUGAACGAUUUGGUAUGGUUGUGGAAAAAGUGGCCACUCAUUUAUUUCAAUAUGGGUCUAGUCCGCUGUUGCAUAUUAGGAAAUACACAGAACUUCCACUCUCUAAGGUGAAGGAAUCUCUGGCAAUUUUGAUUAAAUACAAUUUAGUUUCAUUCAAACCCAAUAGGAAUGAAAAUAUUGCAAACUAUACCUUCAAACCUGAAAAUGUUCUGCUCAUGUUGAGAUAUCCAAAAUAUAUGAACUUGAUAAAAAAGAAGUUUGGAGAUGAAUGUGAGAUGAUUAUUGAAGAAAUUCUACAAAGAGGAUACUGGACAGCUUCUGAAGUGAUUCUCAAAGUCCAGGAGCGGAUAUCAAAGAGUAAUAAUAUAUCUCUUGUCCAAGUCAGGGACCAGUUUGUAUCUCUAGUUAAUAGCAAAUAUUUAGUAAGAUUACCAUUUAGUCAAAGUGAGGAUAAGCCAGUUCCUGAAUUAGGAAUAGAUGGAAAAGAGCUUCAUUCAGUGCCAACUAUUGAUAUGGCUGCUCUAAAAAGAGCUAAAUCUGCUGAACACAGUGAAUUUGCAGAUAAGAAUAUCUACUGGACUGUUAAUUUCAACAGAUUUCACCAGGAUAUGCGUGAUAAAAUUAUUGUUACUGCAUUCACAAAAAAAUUUGAUGACAAUGUUGGUGAAUUAGUGAACUUUUUAUUGAAUCAGAUGUAUAUAAGAACUGAACCAUGGGCUGAUGUCUCAAAUCCAAUUCCAAUUCUAGAAAUCAAAGAAUUGGCUAAGAAACAGAAGAAUCUAUCUCAGUUGAAUGCCUUUUUUGAUCAGUAUGUAACUUUAAUAGAAGAGGAUCAUAGCAACUUGAUAAGAAAAUCUGGUGAGGCCAGUGGGGGUUCUUUUCAAAUUUUCCUCAGACAGGCAUUCACACAGUUUGCCUGGGAAUUGGUAGAGCAAUGUGUUUUUGAAAAAUUUGACACCAAAGCUGCACGCAUUUUUCGCCUUGUCAAACUCAAAGAGUACAUAGAACCUGACCAUAUUCAACAACAAGCCAUGAUACCAGCGAAAGAGGCUAAAAGACUGACUUAUCAGCUUCUAGAAGAAAAUUACUUAGAGAUUCAAGAACUGAGGAAAGCUGCAACAGGUGGUGGUCCAACAAAAUCCUUCAUGUUGUUCCAUAUAAAGCUAGAUCAAGUUGUGAGAAUGACUUUGGAAUUGUGUUACAAAACCUUGUUCAAUACAAUGACUAGGAGGAACCAUGAAAAGGAUAUCAAUAAGAGGAUAAUUGAUAAGAAGCAAAGAGUGGAUACAAUUGCCAUGGGUAUGAGGGUACAAGGAGCUUCUGAGGAACAGCUAUCAGAUAUUGAAGAUAUGAUUACUCCACCUGAGCGAGAAAUUUUAGAAAAAAUAGAGAAGACUAUGAAAAAAUUCAAUGCAGCUGAAUUAGAAAUUGAUGAUACAAUAUUUUUAUUGCAAAUGUAUCUAAAUUAUCAUUAGCAGUUGUACUAGAAAUGUAUAAUAAUAGAUCAACAGUUUGCUCCGUUUUCAAUUUAGUUAUAAAGUUUGGAAAUCAAUACUUUAUAACAAAAUAUACAAAAUAUAACAUAUAAUUCC